UCUACAGAGGACGCCGCGAAUGGCGAUUCUAGCCCCGCCUCCUGACGUCGUCGCCCCGCCCCCGCCUUUCUCCCUCAGUUCAUGUCGCGUACAGUCUAGAGACGGCGGCGGCGGCGGAGUACACGAAGCUCGAUGGAGACCUAGCUGAGGGGAGUUCGCCCGCCAUUACUGCUUCCUCGGGAACUUUCUCUCUUUUAUCCGCUCCCUUCUGUGUGACUGACUGGUGGAAUCAAGAUGUACGCCGGAGCCGGCCCUGUGCUUUCAUCCCCACCUCCUGCACCACCUCUCCCAAUGCCAGCAUACACCUUCAAGCCGCCGCCAAGGCCAGAUUUUGGCACCUCAGGAAGGACUAUCAAGCUGCAGGCAAACUUUUUUGAAAUGGACAUUCCCAAAAUAGAGAUUUACCAUUAUGAAAUAGAUAUCAAGCCAGAAAAGUGUCCCAGAAGAGUGAACAGGGAAAUAGUAGAACACAUGGUAUUGCAUUUUAAGGGUCAAAUCUUUGGAGAUCGGAAGCCUGUGUUUGAUGGGAGGAAAAACCUUUACACUGCAAUACCCCUUCCUAUUGCCAGGGACAAACAGGUGGAGUUGGAAGUUACACUGCCAGGGGAAGGAAAGGACCGCAUCUUCAAGGUAGCAAUCAAAUGGAUGGCGUGUGUGAGCUUACAAGCGUUACACGACGCAUUGACCGGACGUCUUCCCAGCGUUCCUUUUGAGACUAUCCAGGCAUUAGACGUAGUGAUGAGACAUUUGCCCUCUAUGAGGUACACGCCUGUGGGCCGUUCGUUCUUUACUGCAUCCGAAGGAUGUGCAAAUCCUCUUGGUGGGGGUAGAGAAGUUUGGUUUGGCUUCCAUCAAUCUGUUAGACCUUCUCUCUGGAAAAUGAUGCUUAACAUAGAUGUAUCUGCUACAGCGUUUUACAAAGCACAGCCAGUAAUAGAGUUCAUGUGCGAAGUUCUGGAUUUCAAGAGCAUAGAGGAGCAACAGAAACCUCUGACUGAUUCCCAAAGGGUCAAGUUUACCAAAGAAAUAAAAGGCUUAAAAGUUGAAAUUACUCACUGUGGGCAAAUGAAAAGAAAAUAUAGAGUAUGCAAUGUGACAAGACGGCCAGCAAGUCAUCAGACAUUCCCUCUCCAGCAAGAGAGCGGGCAGACGGUGGAGUGCACAGUCGCACAAUACUUCAAGGAUAGACACAAACUAGUAUUACGCUACCCCCAUCUUCCAUGUUUACAGGUCGGGCAGGAGCAGAAACAUACGUACCUCCCUCUAGAGGUAUGCAACAUAGUGGCGGGACAAAGGUGCAUUAAAAAACUGACUGACAAUCAAACCUCCACUAUGAUUCGAGCAACAGCCCGAUCUGCUCCAGAUCGCCAAGAAGAGAUCAGUAAAUUGAUGCGUAGUGCAAGCUUCAAUACUGAUCCCUUUGUCCGUGAGUUUGGGAUUAUGGUGAAAGACGACAUGACCGAUGUCACCGGCAGAGUCCUUCAACCUCCUUCAAUCCUUUACGGAGGCAGGGUAUGGGAAGAGCCAAAUGCUCCCUUGAAUAAGGCCAUUGCUACCCCUGUGCAGGGUGUAUGGGACAUGAGGAACAAGCAGUUUCACACCGGGAUUGAAAUAAAGGUGUGGGCCAUUGCUUGCUUUGCUCCUCAGCGGCAGUGCACAGAGCUCCAUCUGAAGACUUUCACUGAACAAUUGCGGAAAAUCUCCCGUGAUGCUGGUAUGCCCAUCCAAGGGCAGCCGUGUUUCUGCAAAUAUGCCCAAGGAGCAGAUAGCGUGGAACCGAUGUUUAGACAUCUGAAGAACACGUACACGGGUCUACAACUGAUUGUUGUAAUCCUUCCUGGGAAGACGCCUGUGUAUGCUGAGGUGAAGCGCGUGGGAGACACUGUGUUGGGAAUGGCAACGCAGUGUGUGCAGAUGAAGAAUGUGCAGAGAACCACGCCACAGACGCUGUCAAACCUCUGCCUUAAGAUCAACGUGAAAUUAGGAGGAGUCAAUAACAUCCUGUUACCCCAGGGCAGACCUCCAGUGUUUCAGCAGCCUGUCAUAUUCCUUGGAGCAGAUGUCACUCAUCCUCCUGCAGGGGAUGGAAAGAAGCCUUCCAUUGCUGCGGUUGUCGGUAGCAUGGAUGCCCAUCCGAACCGAUACUGUGCCACCGUAAGAGUGCAGCAGCACCGACAGGAGAUUAUCCAGGACCUGGCCGCCAUGGUCCGAGAGCUGCUCAUCCAGUUCUACAAGUCUACUCGCUUUAAGCCCACAAGGAUCAUUUUCUAUAGGGAUGGUGUUUCUGAGGGGCAGUUUCAGCAGGUAUUACACCACGAGCUGCUUGCCAUACGAGAAGCCUGCAUUAAAUUGGAGAAGGAUUAUCAGCCUGGAAUUACCUUCAUUGUUGUACAGAAAAGGCAUCAUACAAGGCUCUUCUGUACAGAUAGGAACGAACGGGUUGGAAAAAGCGGAAAUAUACCUGCUGGUACCACAGUGGACACAAAGAUCACACACCCAUCAGAGUUUGAUUUUUAUCUGUGUAGUCACGCUGGUAUACAGGGAACGAGCCGACCCUCUCACUAUCACGUUCUCUGGGACGAUAACAGAUUCUCCUCUGAUGAACUGCAAAUCCUCACUUACCAGCUGUGCCAUACUUACGUCCGCUGCACUCGAUCCGUCUCUAUCCCCGCUCCUGCAUACUACGCACACUUAGUGGCUUUCAGAGCCAGAUAUCACCUGGUGGAUAAAGAGCACGACAGCGCCGAAGGCAGCCACACUUCAGGUCAGAGCAAUGGCAGAGACCAUCAAGCACUUGCUAAGGCAGUUCAAGUUCACCAGGACACACUGCGUACCAUGUACUUUGCUUAACUGGUGCUGGAAGCAGGCACUACCCGAAGGAGCAUUCACGCCAGACCAGCUGCACUUACCUGUAAUGUAGUCUCCUCUACAGUGACAUCCAGCAAAAGUGCAAUCUACCCGCAGCCCCGUCAGUCUCACAAGGCCCUCAGCGUCCAACCAGCCUUCCGUCCAGACACCGAAUAUUCUUUCAUUUCGAACGCCACCACCUGCAUUGAAUCCUGUGAGGUUUGUGAAAUACACACAAAUAUAUAGAAGAGUUUACAAAAAUUACCCUUUUAAACGAAAAGGUUCAACUUAACCGUUCUCUCAGGGCUCACAAAAAGAAAAAAAACACAGAACUCUAUGAAAUGCUUUUCUCUGUGGAAACGUCACGUUGGGUGAUCAGAUAAAUGAUGCAGCCUAGGGAAAUAAUAGAGGAAGAAAAGGAUCUUGACGUUCUUAAAGCCUUAAAUAUUUAAAGUGAAAACUUAUUUUUUUUUUCUUCUUCCUCUAAGAUUUGUGUCAAAUAUUGUAAUUUAUAAAGUCACUAGUUACUCUGGCGGUCAGGUCUGACUACAGGAUGAAUAUUAUAGUAUUCACUAGGGUUUGUUUUUAUAACUGUGCCAUUCAGAAGCUCUGAGACGUAGUUUUUAAUUAUUGCAUUUGUCUGGCUGCGCUCGUACUUUUUCUUUUUUUCUGAGGUUGCUGACUAAUACGGGUCUGUUGCAAUGUGGACAGUACAAUCAUGUUAAGCUAAUGUACAGAAAAAAAAUAUUCUAUUUUAGCAGUAUUAAUGUGAGAUGCCGUGCUAUUUAUUUUAUUUACACAGAUCACCCUAUUUCUAUUAACCUAUGUUAUGUACUCUGGCUUUAAGUGGUGUCCUGUUUUUUAACCCUUGCACUGACAACGCGACCUGUAGAGCCUGUACAGGACCACCGGCAGUGAAUGGAUUUUAAAAAAUAUAAUAAAACAAAAAAAAACUAAACCCUUAUCUUAUGGAACUGCUUCACUGCCAGAGGGCUCGUCAUACAUUGCAAUGCAAUAAGAAGCAAUGUCUCUCCGAUCCCUCUGGUUGCAAACAGGGUUAUUUGUGAGGAGCAAAGAAAACGGGGAAGAAAAUAAACUUUUUUUUUUAAACUCUAAAAAAAAAAUCUUUUUAUGCAAAAAUAUUCUUUUUAGGCUGCAGCUUUUAAAGGCAGCAAAAGUUUGACACUUUUAACCACAAAUACUGACACUCGUCUCUUUAUACUCUAGUCUUCGAGGCGCCCGCACUGUGUUUUACAAUGCUUUCUAAUGCUGUCAGGCCUCAAAGACGUUCAUAUGCAACCUGUUUUAUUUUUUGUCAUAUUUUUUUUUUGUCUUUCUCCCCUUCUAAUAUUUACCUGUAUAUUUAUCUUUUCCUGCUCCUCCUAUGCUUUAAGGAAUAUGCAAUUCUGUAAUGAGAUUAAAUACAAAGACUCGAUUUUUAAGCAAUAUCAUGACCAUUUUUUGUACAGUGCAGUAGCCUGGGUCUGCUACAUGAAACCAUGGGCAUGCGAUUUUCUUAUGUAUUGAGCCUUAACACUCGAAAUGUCAAUAUAGGAAAGCUGUUUCCGGCCUGCGGCUCUCCGGCUAGUGCAAAACCACAACUCCCAGCAGGUCACCGCCUGUUAGAACUUGAUGACAAUUGUAGUUUUGCUACCGCAGGAAAGCCACAUGUUGGAGACGAUGUCUCCCAUAGUAAAACGUCGAUGAAGACUGCCGGUUUUGCUUGUCAUUUAUUAGAUGUGUCUUCAUUAGCGUGUGUCAAGGCCUGGAUGUAAUUAAUACCUAGGAAGUUUUUAAGGGGAGGAGGGGGGUAUGAAUAUGUUGAUUUUUUUUUAUAGAACAUUUCCUCCUCAAAGGGAUACGAUUCACCUUUGAUGCUUUAGGUGCUGAUAUUGUGGACCGUCAAGAAUUCAUGGAAAACUAUCAUGAAAAUGUUGGUCAUUGCUUUGACAUUUCCUUACAUUAAACAUUUAGCGCUCCUCCACUUCUUUCUGUAUGUUCAUUAAUGACUUUAUAGGUUUCUUUGGGAAGGGGCUAAUGACGUGUGGCCCUGUUUCCCUGAUUCAGAACAUGUUGGUAGGGAAAUUGUCUAUGCACAGGGGGUUUGUCGUCAUGUAAGGACACGUCGGGAAGGCUAUCAAUGGGUAGUAACUGCCAACUUAAGAAAAGUAGAAAUAUAUAUGUUGAUUAGGGAUGAGCGAAUCUACUUCAGAUGAAACAUCCGAAGUCGAUUCGCAUCCAACUUUGUUAGAAUACUGUAUGGAGUGAGCGCGCUGUACAGUAUUAGAAUGUAUUGGCUCCUAUGGGCCGAAGUUAUAACUUCACGAAGUCUCGCGGGACUUCAGGAAUUAAUUUCUACUGUUAAAAACCUUUUACCGAACUCUGUUUCGGUUCACCGAACCCAAGUUCGGUAAAAGGUUUUUAACAAAGUUUUAUGUGAAUUGACUUCGGAUGUUUCAUCCGAUGUCUAUUCGCUCAUUCCUAAUGUUGAUGUAUAAAAACAAAAUUACCCAUGUCAGUUUGUCUGCAGGAUAGUGCUCCUGAACCCUGCAGAAUAAUCCCUGCCUUUUCAUAUACUAGAAAUUUGAGGACUGAAGCAGCUCUUUUGCCCUCUAUCAUUAGAAAGUCCCAGCACAAUCUCAAACACCGGCCAGCCAUUCUGGCUUGGCGAUCAGUUGCAUAUGACCAAAGCCUUAUCUGCCUCCGUGUCUGAAGACACAAACGUGCUGAUAGUAGUUCUAUCAUCUGCCUAACCCGUCUUCAGCAUUUAGCCAAAACCUGUAGGGUAGGAGAAGUCGUUGUUUUGAUUGACAUGGACAGAAAUUAAAGUGUUGACUGUAGGUAUUGCACUGUUUUGUAGCAUUUUUACUUAAAUGACUAAAAUCCCUUUUAAAGCUGACCAUAGACCCGGCCAGCCUCAGUCAGUGCUGACCUUUCUUCCCUGUCUGCCAUUAAAAGGCAGGUCCUUUCUUUUGAAAUCUUUGCGCAUGGUCUGUAGGGCUGUUGGCCACAAGUUCUCUUGAUCAGUUGCUCAUUUUCCAUCUGAUGUUCAUCCACCGAUUGAAAUGAUCAGCUGCAAUCUGUGGAGAAAUUUGGUGACGGAUGUUGAGCUUUUCUUCAGCGCGCCCCCACAGGUGACUUAAAGCAUUACAUGCUGUUCAUUACAAGAUGUAAUACAUGGAUGCACAGAGUCCUCCAGAAGGUGAGAACUCUCUGUAGCUGCUGUGACUUGUAGAUGGAGGACCUUAAUGGGGCUGCCUUUAAGUCUGACUAUAUAUCCUAGCCUUUAAAGUAGUGAUUUCCUAUCUGUGGUUGUUGCAGGGCAUGCUGGGACUGAUAGUUCUGCAACUGUUGGGAUCACUGCUUCAGAGCACAUUUCAUGAUGGUUUUCCUUUCUGAAAACCGAUCCAUAUCUUUGCAAUGAAUGAUGGGGGGGUGGGUUAGUACCAGUUUUUAAAUCUGCAUACAUUUACCUCAUUGCUAUGUCCCAUGCAGGCAGCAGAAACAACCCUAAAGAAAACCUCGGUAGACCUGUCCUUUACCAUUUACAUUGUGUGGUGCUUCUUUUUUUUAUAAUUUUUUUCCUUUUUUGUAAGAAGAAUCUAUGCAUUGAACCAUAACGUGGGGUGAGGAUUGAGUUUUCUGUUCGUGUUCCUGGUGUCAGUAAGCAGAUUUGCUUCUGUUAAAAAGUUUGCACUCAAAUCAUAAAUGGCAGAUGUUGUAUAAGUAGUUGCACUAAAGCCGCACCCCAGAUGAAAUUAGGGAGACUUUUGAUCUUGGUUUUGUAAUGGAAAGGGAGCCAGGUACAAUUAUAAAAAUAUUAAUAGAUCAAAGGCCGUCAGAUUUCUACCUAAGCUCUCGGUUGAAAAGCUGUAAUGGUAAUAGACGUUAUUUUGCCGGACUUUGUAGUUCACUUUAUUUUUUAUUUUUUUACUUGAGCGUUCACCAAAUCAGAGGAUGUGGUGAAAUAAAAAAAAUAUAUAGGUUAGGCCUCACGCAUGCAAACACAUUUUUUUUUUUGUGGGUUACACGUAGCAUAAGCUAGUAACAGAAAUCGGAAAUCAGUGGUCAGUCACUUAUCUGCUAGAAUAUAGCUGAGAAUGUGCUCCAGAAAAGAGUCCGGGUUAUGCAUGACUUACCCCCUGCUUCCCUCAUCCACCCACUGAUGAGACCAUUUUCUUCUUAAGGUUGGGAGGGGAGAGUCCACGAUAGCACAUGCUGCCAUGGUUAUUGAGGCAUCAUUUUUUUGGUCAUGUUAAUGGGGUUCUCCAGUUUAGACAUGUCCCUACUUAUUAGAAGGGCCUUUUGACAAUAAGCAAAUCGCAAAAAAUUCCACGGCUGAGGACCUUCAGCAAUGUUCUCUAAUCUGUUAGGGAAACCUUGCCCUAAGUGUUCAGCUUCCCUGCAGCGCCUCCGCAGGGGGGGAAGAAGCAUUACACAGUGCCUAUUCAUAUUGAUGGGUUGUCUGUGUAGGAUAGGACAGGUCCUUCAGACAGAGAGAGAGACUCUUUAUAAUCACAUUCCA